AACCCUAGAUUUGUUUUUUCCCAGUAAACGUAGAUAGCAACUGAGCAGCCUCGUUCCUUCGCUUCUCUCGCUCGUUCUCUCUGUCUCUCUCUCUCUCUCUACGGCGGUGACCGGCGACUGGCGAUAAUCGCGAGCACAAGCAAGGUACAUGCAUACCUGGUCACGGUAGGAAGUAAUCAUACAGGGACAAGUUAGGUGUUUUGACGUGCAGGCCUUUUGUUAUGCUAUAUGUUGUCAUUUAACCAUGGCCUCCAAAGGUCCAAGGUCUAAGCUUGAUCAUGAAACAAGGGCUAGGCGACAAAAGGCACUUGAAGCUCCUAAAGGGCCUCGGCGCCCUAAAACGCAUUGGGAUCAUGUUUUAGAAGAGAUGGUUUGGUUAUCAAAGGACUUUGAGUCAGAGAGAAAAUGGAAAUUGGCCCUGGCAAAGAAGGUUGCUAUAAGAGCCAGCAAGGGCAUGUUGGACCAAGCUACAAGGGGAGAGAAGAAAGUGAAGGAAGAAGAGCAGCGGUUGAGAAAAGUAGCAGUUAAUAUUUCUAAGGAUGUGAAGAAAUUCUGGAUGAAAAUUGAGAAGCUGGUGCUCUACAAACAUCAAGCAGAGCUUGAUGAGAAAAAGAAAAAAGCACUUGAUAAACAGCUUGAGUUUCUUCUGGGGCAAACUGAAAGGUACUCAACAAUGCUAGCAGAAAACCUUGUGAGCUCACCAAUGUCUUCUAAAGCAGUACAUUCAUGCACAGCUGCUCAGGAACAACUGAGUAUUCAACACAAAGAAGGAGAUGAAAAGAGGAUAAAUAUUUCUGUUGGGUUAGAUGUUGAAUCUCAGUCAAAUGUUGCAGAUGUCGAUGAAGAUUUUGAUUUACGGUCUGAAGAUGAAUCGGAAGAUGACGAGCAUACUCUUGAGGAAGAUGAAGCUUUUAUUACUGAAGAAGAACGGCUAGAAGAACUCGUUGCUCUGCACAAUGAAGUAGAUCUACCUCUUGAAGAGCUACUCAAACGAUAUGAUAUGGAUAAAGCUAGCAGAGAAAGUAGUCCAGAACUGAAGGUGCAUGGUGCUGAGCCAACUCAGAAGGGAGAAGACGACAGUGAGAGUAGAAGUGACGGUCUUUCUUCUCCCCCGAAGAUUGAUGAAGGCAACUCACUUGCAGUCCCUGGUCGUCGUUGUGGUGAAAGUAAUGGUAGUAUAUCAAUUUUAGAAAACCAUAAUUCAGAAGUUGAAGCAAACAAAAUUGGAAAUCUAUCAAAAAGUUCUCAAGGGCUGUACAAAAAGCAUAUGCUAUACGACUUUCAUGAUGAACAGGAGGAUGGGGAUUUUGUUCUUGCAGCUGGAGAAGAAAAGGAUGAUGAGACAACCUUGUCAGAGGAGGAAGAACUGGCAAAGGCUGAAUCAAAUGAGCCCAUAGAUGAGGUUGUGUUACUGCAGAAGGAGAGCGAAAUUCCUUUACAAGAAUUGCUUGCAAGGUAUAAACAGGAAUGCAAUAUUGAUGAAGAUGCCGAGGAGGAUGACUCUGAGUCUACAUGUGCAUCAGCUUCUGAGGAUUUAUUAUCUUCUCCAGCAAUGGAAGAUGCUGAACCAAAGCAGCAACAUGUUCCAAUGGAGGAAGAUGACGAACCAAAGCAGCAGCAUGUUUCAAUGGAGGAAGAUGACAAACCUAGUGAACUUCAGCAUGUUGUGGGUCCCAUUACAGAGGAGGUAGUAGAACCUAAGAUAAUAUUGGAAGAUGGAACAGAGAGUGAGAAUAGAAUUGCUGAUGCAGCUGCUGCUGCAAGAUCUGCACAGCCAACUGGCAACACAUUCUCGACAACCAAAGUGCGUACAAAAUUUCCUUUUCUUCUUAAGUACCCUCUUCGUGAAUAUCAGCAUAUUGGAUUGGACUGGCUUGUUACAAUGUAUGAGAAAAGACUUAAUGGGAUUCUAGCUGAUGAAAUGGGGCUUGGGAAAACUAUUAUGACAAUUGCUCUUCUAGCACACCUCGCAUGUGAAAAGGGUAUAUGGGCCCCACAUCUCAUUGUUGUCCCAACCAGUGUCAUGCUCAACUGGGAAACUGAGUUUCUCAAAUGGUGUCCUGCUUUUAAAAUAUUAACAUAUUUUGGAAGCGCAAAAGAGCGGAAAAUUAAGAGGCAAGGGUGGAUGAAACCUAAUUCUUUCCAUGUAUGCAUAACGACUUACAGACUUGUUAUACAAGAUUCUAAAGUUUUUAAGCGGAAGAAAUGGAAAUACUUGAUUUUGGAUGAAGCUCAUUUGAUAAAAAACUGGAAGUCUCAGAGAUGGCAAACUCUUCUUAAUUUCAAUUCAAAACGGCGUAUCCUUUUAACUGGUACACCACUGCAGAAUGAUCUUAUGGAACUAUGGUCUUUAAUGCAUUUCUUGAUGCCACACAUUUUUCAGUCUCAUCAGGAAUUCAAGGAUUGGUUUGGUAAUCCAAUAUCUGGAAUGGUAGAGGGACAAGAAAAAGUAAACAAGGAAGUUGUUGAUCGCUUGCAUAAUGUCCUUCGUCCAUUUAUU